CCAAAGGAGGUCAGUGAGGCCCGAGACAGCGGUGAGGACGUUUGCCAGGCCCGUGGAGGCGAGGGUUCCGUGAGUGCCGUGCCUCGAUAGUCCCCACGCCUGAGAUUGUUGCGGCGUUCUGAGGGGCGGAAACACGGCCGGUGCUCUGAUGAAGUGAUAGACGAUGAAAAGCUUUGUAUCGAAGGCAUGGCGUUUGACAGCAGCGUAUCUCCGGAGGAUCCGUGUGAGUCUCGGCAAUGCAUACCCGCUGGUCGCCCUUAUUUACCUGGGCGUGCUGGCGCUGAUGCUGAGCCACGCGGGGCCGGCGCGGCGCGGCAGGGCGUCCUCCAUUUACCAGCACGACAACAGUACCUACGGCCAAGAUGAAGCAAAUACAGAAGUUGUGUUCUUCAUUAUUCUUUGUGAAGGAGUUGCCCAGAAUGCUCAGGGUGGCAAGGAGGCUUCAGCCAUCACUCGGCAGCUGCGCCAGGCGGCCGUCAUGCUCAAGUCUGCUGCUGCCCUCACCUCGACCUCCCUGAGGUUCCUGGUGGUGGCUGACUCGGAGGACCUGUACCACCGCUUCACUGAGCUGACUUCAGAAUGGCCGUCAGAUUACAAGAGGCGCGUUGCCUUUGAGUGGCAUACAGUGUGGUAUCCAAGUGACAGGGAGGCGAUGCGGUUAAUGUUUCGAGUUUGUGCCACAGAGAGACUCUUCCUCCCUCAAAUGUUUCCUUCCCUUGAUGCUGCAAUAUAUAUUGACACUGACUUAAUAUUCAUGAGACCUCCAGAAGAUCUGUGGAUGGAAUUUAAAAAGUUUGAUGAGAUCCAGGUUGCAGCUAUGGCUCCUUGUCUUUACCACUAUGACACGCAUAGAAACAAGGUUCCUCAUUAUGGCAAUACUGGACUCAAUGCUGGUGUGAUGCACAUGAACCUAACACGCAUGAAGAAGUUCCCAGGGGGAGGAUGGACUGCUGCCAACCUGAAGGCUUUUGACACAUUCAAGAAGAGGAUAAAAUUGGCUGACCAAGACAUCCUCAACAUCCUCUUCCACAAGUAUCCUGGCCAUCUGUAUGAGCUGGGUUGUGAGUGGAACUACAGAGUAUUUCAGUGCUCAGCAGGCAACAAGUGUCCUGCUGCUUAUGAUUCAGGGAUCUCCAUUCUUCAUGGCAAUGCAAUGGCCUUUAUCAGUGGCAAUGCAAUGAAGCUGCAGACUGUGUUCGAGGUGUGGGAGCAGCACCGCCUGGGGGAGCCACUGAGCCUUAUGUUGUCUCAGAUGGAGGAGAAGCUGAAGUUUGUGUCCUCUCAUGGCCUUCCUUCAAAAUGUGCUCGGACGGCUCACAUUGACGACAUACUGACCAAAGAACUGAAAAAGCAUGUAUUCUGAGGACCUUGUGUAUAAGUGUGUGUGUUAUUUAAUUUAUUGUAUGUACUUCCCAUUCACACUAUUGUAAUGCCAGAUUUUUGUAAGGAAAUAAGUGUUAAGUGAGGCCUGCAGUGGCCGUUAACUUUCCCACGCCCAGAGGCCCAACCCCAGUCUCUUAUUUGGAUACUUUAAUUCGAGGGUUUUGGGAUUCCCUCAUCUACAGGCAGCACGCCCUGGAGGUGGCAGUCCGCUUCAGGACUUGCUAGGCACUGGUCAUUUACCUUGGGAGAGGUGGGCAGCAAAAGUUAGUACGAUUGUGGAGGAGUGAAUCUGUCCUGUCAUAACAUAGUGUAUUCCACCCCCACCUCACUACCCUGUGGUACAUCAGUGAUUGAUUAUUUGAGAUUGUAUGUAAUUUUUUUUGGUGACCAACAUUUAAUCUCCCGGAGGUUACCGGCGAGUCGUGGCAAAAAUCUAUCCACCGGGGGAAAAUCUCGUGUAAUGCCAGAUUUUUGUAAGGAAAUAAGUGU